CGACUGCCUUAGCUCGCAAUUUGCGGCGUCCUCGCGAGCCGCCACUGCAGCCCCAGCACGCGACACGCCGCGUACGCCCCCCACACAUACUCCGCCGCCCGCCGCGAGAAAAAGUCCAGCAAAAAACGCAUCAUACGCGCAGGCAAACCAAGUCGACUUCCAAUACCACGCCAUGGAGGACUUCCCGGGCGCCAUCAAUGCGUUGAAACGCCUGACCGACGACAACAUCGCCUCGAUCCGGGCGGACGCCAACAUGAGCGACGCCAAUAAGGCGGACUCGAUCAAACAAGUACGCGACGAGUACACCAAGCAGUCCGCCGCGUUGGCGGUGAAGUUCGCAGGCGAGACCCGCAAGCGCAAGGCGGAGAGCCCGCCCGAGACGGACGAGGAGAAGGCCGUCCGCAUCGCCCGCGAAAAUAAGAACGCCACCGUCAUUCAGAGCUUGAAAGACGACAAGGUGGCCGAGGCCGUGUACGCCUCGCGAGCGGAGACCGCAAAGGCCCAGCACCACGCGCGCGGUUUGUACCGCGAGCAGCAGGGCUUUCUGGCGUCGUUAAGAGAGGACAUUCCCCCGGACGAGGCCAAGAACCACUUCAACUUCGACGACUUCGCGGUCAUGUUCAAGUUCGUCCACGCCUUCCUCCUCAUGCACGAGAUGCAGACCCAGUUCAAGUCCGCCGUGGAAGCCAAGGGCGGCGACGUCCUCAAGAUCUACCAGACGGGCCGCGGCAUCGUCGACGCGGGCUCGAACUCCAACGGCAACAAGUAGAUCUCCUACAGCCCCUCUAAUAGUGUGGCUUUUUUCCA